AUGGUACCUGGAUGGCCUCUAGUAACAGUUGGUGCAAUUGUAGCUUUAUUUAUGGCAUUUGCUUUACAUCAUAUUGAAGAAGGACAUGUUGGUGUAUAUUAUCGAGGUGGCGCGCUAUUAAGUCGUGUCAGUCAACCAGGAUAUCAUCUGAUGUUUCCGUUCUUCACAACAUAUAAAUCAGUUCAGGUUACCUUACAAACGGAUGAAGCUAAAAAUGUACCUUGUGGAACAAGUGGUGGUGUUAUGAUAUAUUUUGAUCGAAUUGAAGUUGUAAAUAUUUUAUCAUCAUCAAGCGUUUAUGAUAUUGUGAAAAAUUAUACGGUAGACUACGAUAGGCCAUUAAUAUUCAACAAAGUUCACCAUGAGGUGAAUCAAUUUUGCAGUAGUCAUACACUUCAAGAAGUUUAUAUUGAUCUGUUUGAUCAAAUUGAUGAAAAUUUGAAAACGGCUUUACAAAAGGAUUUAAUAAGGAUGGCUCCAGGUCUUUCUGUGCAAGCAGUCCGAGUAACAAAACCUAAAAUACCAGAAUCAAUACGACAAAAUUAUGAGCAAAUGGAAGCAGAAAAAACAAAACUUCUUGUAGCUAUACAGCAUCAAAAGGUGGUUGAGAAAGAAGCUGAAACGGAACGCAAAAAAGCUGUUAUAGAAGCUGAAAAAGCUGCGCAAGUAGCAGCUAUUCAUUAUGAACAACAUAUAGCCGAAAAAGAAGCUCAAAAAAGAAUUUCUCAGUUGGAAGAUGAAAGUCAUAUAGCCCGAGCGACUGCUCGUGCGGAUGCUGAAUUUUAUUCGAGGAUGAAACAGGCAGAGGGUAAUCAGUUGCUAUUAACCAAAGAAUUCUUGGAAUUGAAAAAAAUUGAAGCAAUUGCAAUGAAUAACAAAAUAUAUUACGGUUCACAAAUACCAAAUGUAUUUUUGGAUAUUGAUUUUCCAUCAAUGCAAAAGCAAUCAGAAAAUUAA